ACAUUUCUACUGUAGAGAAAUCUGGUGAAUGUGGGAAAACUUCCAUUCAGAUGUCACACCUCAGUCAGCGCCCCUUUGCCUGUAAGAUAUGCAGGAAAGUCUUCAAUCACAAAUCAAAUCUCACGGAGCAUGAGCAUUUUCAUAGCAGAGAGAAACCUUUCGAAUGUAACGAAUGUGGGAAAGCUUUCAGCCAAAAGCAGUAUGUUAUCAAACAUCAGAACACACAUACUGAAGAGAAGCUGUUUGAAUGUAAUCAGCGUGGAAAAUCCUUUAGCCAAAAGGAAAACCUGCUCACACAUCAGAAAAUUCACACCGGAGAGAAACCAUUUCAGUGUAAAGAUUGUGGGAAAGCCUUCAUUCAGAAGUCCAACCUCAUCAGACACCAGAGAACUCACACAGGAGAGAAGCCCUUUGUUUGUAAGGAAUGUGGGAAAACCUUCAGUGGCAAGUCCAACCUUACUGAGCAUGAGAAGAUUCAUAUUGGAAAGAAACCCUUUAAAUGUAAUGAAUGUGGAACAGCUUUUAGGCAGAAGAAGUAUCUCAUAAAACAUCAGAACAUUCACACUGGUGAGAAACCCUAUGAGUGUAAUGAGUGUGGAAAAGUCUUUUCUCAACGAAUGUCACUUAUUGUACAUGUGAGAAUUCAUUCAGGGGAUAAGCCUUACGAAUGUAAUGUGUGUGGGAAAGCCUUCUUGCAAAGUUCCUCUCUCACUGUUCAUGUGAGAAGCCACACAGGUGAGAAACCAUAUUGUUGCAAUGAAUGUGGGAAAGCUUUCUCUCAAUUUUCAACCCUUGCUCUACACACAAAAAUACACACCGGCAAGAAACCCUAUCAGUGUAGUGAGUGUGGGAAAGCUUUCAGCCAGAAGUCUCACCACAUCCGACACCAGAAAAUUCACACUCAUUAAAUGUCCUUUGAGUAUCUUGGCUAUCUUGGAAAAGAAUCACACACCUCACAGGAUGUCAAAUGAUUAUUUUGAAAACGAGCAUCAUAAAUGAGGAAAACAAGCUAAUAAUUAAGGAUAUGGAAUUAAUACUGAACAGAAAGACAGUUGUAUGAAACCAAGUCGGUGCCCAACAAAAAUCCAAUAGCAAAUUUAGUGUUGAAACUGGGCAAUUUUUCACUCCAUGUGGGAAUGAAAAACAAGUUUGUGAUUGCUGUGUUUAGAUCUGAAGAAAUUCACCAAUAUUCUAGGAGAAAAUAAGUUGUAUUGGAAGAGAAGAGCUGGUUUACAAUAUUGAACCAACAGAAGAAAUUCUGGAAAUAAUGGCAUUUAUUAGAAUUUAGAAUAUCAGGAAUGGCAUCAAGAAUAUGAGAAGAUAACAGAACUAUUUUUAAAAAUGAUUUGGAGGAAAGUAUUUUUUCUCUAAGGAUAAAAAAAUAGGAAAAUGGUUAAGUUCUUAAUAGUGCUUAAAAUAAAAAGCAUUCAUUAAGCCAGAAAUCUGAAGUGCUUCAUACACUAAAAUGGUUGUGACUUUGGCAGUAGGAAAACAUUCCUAUAAUAGAUUCAGAAUACCUAACAGUUCACCCUAGAGUAAGGAAAGCUCAGGAUAAAUGCAUCAGGCUCUUUUCUGUGGCAUGGUUUGUAGUAGCCAUAAACUGGAAAUUACUUAUGAUUCCCUCAGCUACAAAAUGGAAAAACCUAUUAUGUAAUACUGUAUAUUUGUAAAAUGAAACAAAUGUGAUCUAUGUUUUACAGUAAAAGAUCUCAAAAUAUGGGGGAAAGUGAAGUUAUAGGAUCAUGCUUAUGAUGUUUUUGUAAAUUUGAACUAAAUUUUUCCUCAUGAAAUUUACAACAAUAUAUUGAUAACGGAUACAUAUGUAUGUUAGCUUUUUGGGUUUUGUUUUUAAUGUAUCU